AUGUUCGUCACGUUCCCUGUGCCAAUGACGAUUCGACUGGUGAAGCAACAUCAGCAAGUGUGUGUACAUUGCCUGCACGUUUCAAUUCCUGGAACAACAUCCUCGUCGUUCAUCCUCCCCAUACAGACAGUUAUAGAGGACAUAAACACAAUGAACCGAGACAACACGCAGAAAGGAAUCAAGACGCGCAUCUGCAUGAUCUCUGACACUCACACCUGCCGGCCCAAUCCCCCCACCGACACAUCCAAUCCUUACCGCCAUCCACUCCCCAAAGCGGACGUGCUCCUGCAUGCCGGCGACAUCACCAAGGUCGGGCACAAGAUCGAGCACGAGGCCAUGGUGGCCAUGCUGAAGGAGGCCGAAGCAGAGCUCAAGAUCGUCAUCGCCGGCAACCACGACAUCACGCUCGACGCCGAAUACUACGCCCGGAUGGGCCGCACGAGGCAUCGGACAGGACCGCUUGAGGACCCGGCGGAGAUCCGCGAGCUCUGGGUUGGGGAAGACGCGCGCAAGGCGGGCAUCGUCUACAUGGACGAAGGCGUCAGGACAUUCACCCUCUCCAACGGCGCCCAGUUCACGCUGUACGCCUCCCCCUACCAGCCUGAGUUCUGCCAGUGGGCGUUUGCAUACGAACGCCGCGUCGACCGGUUCAAUCCCUCGCCGCCAGUCUCGCCGUUUCAGGCGCCUAACCCGGUGCCUUCCUACCCGGACGUGGACAUACUGUUGACGCACGGUCCGCCCUACGGGAUCCUCGACCAGGUAUACUACUCGAACCAGAGCGUCGGGUGCGAGAACCUGCUGAAGGCGUGUAAACGGGCGCGCCCCCGGCUGCACGUCUUCGGCCACAUCCACGAGGGCUAUGGCGCCGUGCGGCAGGACUGGACGAACAACACGUCGGAGCGGAUCCUGCAGGACCCAGAGACGGUGCUCGAGAACCGGUCGUGCUACUACAACGCCAGCAGCGACGGCAAGCGCCCGCUGCGCUACGGCGAGGAGACGCUCUUCGUCAACGCCAGCGUCGUCACCGUCAACUAUGUGCCGACGAAUGCGCCGUGGGUAGUGGAUAUUGAUCUGCCGCCUGCGACGGCGACGACGAAAGCGGCAGAAGUCGACAGUGUAACGUUAUCUUGA